GUGGAGGCAGUUUACAGGUGGAAUGGCAGUUUUGCCGCCUCCAAAGAGCUCGGAAGCAAGAGUCCAAAAUUAUCCAUGGAUCGGCGGUGCCAUCAUUUGUUCAUACGCACGAAAUUUAAUUGCAGGAACUGGGGAGAAAAAGCAAAGGCAUGAGUUCUCAAGAGGUUUCGUGGCGAAUUUGAUUGAUUCUUGUUGAAGUUGCGGCAGCUCGUGAGUGAAAGUAUGAUGGCUAGUUCUCGAUCGACGUUCGUAGCGAGCGGAGCCAGAUCUUUGACAGACAACCGUUGAUGUGUUGAUGUGGAUGAUGGCGGGUGAUGUAAUGUUGAUGCAGCUCCUCCGAUGGUGCUCUUUGGGUCUUCGAUUCCCGUGGCGGGAAGUCUGGAGUCUUGGUCUUCCUCUCUUGUCAUUGGGUACACGACGUGUCCAUCACGUCUGUCUUUGGCUGUCCUCCAGACAUUGUCUUUUCCCGCUACGAUCACUUGAUGAUGGCCGUGAUGGAAUGACGGCGAUUGAUGGCGCUGCUAGCUAGCAAGUCCUCUGUCUUCGACCUCAUCACUCGGUGCGUGUCAGCGAAGCGAGAAAAGGUAUCUUUUGCGCCUUUUCCAGCAUCCAGAAGCCCCAGAUUCCCGUUGCUGCUCACCCAUCACUCAGCUGAGUUCAUAAAUUUAUUCGAGCUACAGCCAAGAAUCCUUUGGUUUGCAGCUCUGAUCGGAUCUGUCUGGAAGAAGAAAAAACAUUACAAUUAUGCUUCAUCGUGGUGCUGCUGCUGCCGCGAUUGCGGUCAUGGCGGCUUUGUCCUCCACAACCGCUUUCACCACUACGCAAAAAUCCGCUGCCUUCGUUUCCAACUCUUUGGGAAAAAUUGUCGACGGAGGACUUGCCUCCCAGUCUGAUGUCAAGGCUUUCAACAGCCCUCUCUCCAUGGCUGCCACUUUGGAUCAGUCGGAUGUCAUGGCCACGGCUGCCAAGAAGUCCGUCGAACAAUACGUAGAGGAACGUGGAGGAAACCGUCCUAUCAAGAAGGUCUUGAUUGCCAACAAUGGUAUGGCUGCAACAAAAUCCAUCUUGUCCAUGCGCAAUUGGGCAUACAUGGAGCUUGGAGAUGAGCGUGCCAUCCAGUUUGUGGCCAUGGCUACCCCUGAAGAUUUGAAGGCCAAUGCUGAGUUCAUUCGCUUGGCUGAUGAAUAUGUGGAGGUCCCAGGUGGUGUCAACAGAAACAACUAUGCCAAUGUUGAUGUCAUUUCCAAGAUUGCCCAAGAGCAAGGAGUUGAUGCUGUGUGGCCUGGUUGGGGACAUGCUUCUGAGAAUCCCAAGCUUCCCCAGACACUUACUGACCUUGGUAUCAAGUUCAUUGGACCCACAGCACCUGUCAUGAGUGUCUUGGGAGACAAGAUUGCCGCCAAUAUCUUGGCCCAAACUGCCAAUGUGCCCUCUAUUCCAUGGAGCGGUUCGUUUGGAGGAGAGAACGAUGGUCCUCUCCAGGCUGAUCUUACUGAUGAAGGUACCAUCCCUGAUGAGACCUUCGAGAGAGCUACCUGUCGCAAUGUUGAAGAAGCAAUUGAGGCAGCUGAGAAGAUCGGCUACGAAGAAGGUCUCAUGAUCAAGGCCUCCGAAGGUGGUGGUGGUAAGGGUAUUCGUUUUGUUGACAACGAAGAAGAUCUUCGCAACGCUUUCAUCCAAGUCCAAAAUGAAGUUGUUGGAUCUCCUAUUUUCAUCAUGCAACUUUGUAAAAAUGCCCGUCACUUGGAAGUACAGAUUGUUGGAGAUGAGCAUGGAAAUGCAGUGGCCCUCAAUGGACGUGACUGCUCCACUCAGCGUCGAUUCCAGAAGAUUUUCGAAGAAGGCCCCCCGAUCAUUGCCAAGCCAGAUAGUUUCAAGGAAAUGCAGAGGGCUGCCCAGCGUCUGACCCAGUCCAUUGGUUACGUUGGUGCCGGUACUGUGGAGUAUCUGUACAAUGCGGACACUGACAAAUUCUUCUUCCUUGAGUUGAACCCCCGUCUGCAAGUGGAGCAUCCUGUCACUGAAGGUAUCACUGGCGUUAACAUGCCUGCCACUCAGCUGCAGGUGGCCAUGGGAAUUCCAUUGUACAACAUCCCCCAGGUCCGCAAGCUCUACGGCAAGGAAGAUGUCUAUGGCUUUGACAAGAUUAAUUUCUUGGAAGAGGACUACAUGCCCAUUGAUUCUCAUGUGAUUGCUGCGCGUAUCACUGCCGAGAAUCCUGAUGAGGGAUUCAAGCCCACUGCCGGAAGUAUUGAACGAGUCAAGUUCCAGUCCACUCCGAAUGUCUGGGGCUACUUCAGUGUUGGAGUGAAUGGAGGUAUCCACGAGUAUGCUGAUUCUCAGUUCGGUCAUCUUUUUGCGAAGGGUGCCACUCGUGAACAAGCUCGCAAGGCGCUCAUUCUUGCCCUCAAGGAAAUGGAAGUGAAGGGAGAGAUCAGGACUACUAUUGAAUACCUUGUGAAGCUUUUGGAAACCAAGGAGUUCAUUGAUAACACUAUUGAUACUUCAUGGUUGGAUGGAAUCAUCAAGGAGAAGAGUGUGAAGAUUGAGAUGCCAAAUGACUUGGUUGUUGUUGGAGCUGCUAUCUACCAAGCAUUCAAGCAUGUUGAAGAAGGUAUGGCUGGAGUGAAAGAGUCCUUUGAGAAGGGACAAGUUUCCACUGGAGCAAUCCCAGCUAUCAACUCCUUCAGCACUGAAGUUGCUUACCUUGAUACCAAGUACCCCUUUGAAGUGGAGCGUACAGCCGGUGAUGUCUACCGUCUUACGCUUGGCUCUAACACCAUCGAAGCUCAGGUUACCAAGACGGCAGAGGGAGUUCUUCUUGCAACCUUUGGAGGAGAGACUCACCGAAUCAACGGACAGGAAGAACCCCUUGGUGUCCGCCUUCAAUUGGAUGGCAACACUAUCAUGAUGCCUUCCAUUGUUGAUCCUUCUGAAUUCCGUACCGAUGUCACUGGAAAGGUUGUGCGAUACUUGAAGGAGAAUGGUGAAGAAAUCAAAGCUGGAGAACCCUUUGUUGAGAUUGAAGCGAUGAAAAUGAUCAUGCCAGUGAAAGCAACUGAGACUGGAAAGAUCACCAAUGCCCUCUCCCAAGGAUCUGUUAUCGCUGCUGGUGAUCUCUUGGCCAGCAUUGAACUCAAGGAUCCUAGUAAAGUGAAGAAGAUUGAGACUUUCUCUGGAGAACUUGAUAUCCCUGCCGUUGUUCUUGAAACUGAGAGUGAUAAGGCCAUUGCCAACAUCCUUGCUGGUUUCGAUGGGGAUGCUGAUGCUGUCGUUCAGCAGGCUUUUGAUGGAGUGUCCUCCAUGGCUGAUGCUGCUUCUGUUGCCAUGUCUGCUCUUGAGGAAUUCCUCCGAGUGGAAACCAUCUUUGCCGGCAAGCUUAUGGAUGAUGUUGUCCGUGAUUUGAGCAAGGCCAACAUCGAUGACCUCAAUGUUGCUUUCUCCGAGAUUCAGGCCCACCAACAACUCAAGUCUCGCUCCAAAUUGGUUCUUGCCAUGCUCCGUCAACUCGAAACUUAUUCUUUCCGUUUCGGAGAAUCUCUCUCAGAUGAUGUGCUUGAGGUUGUCGAACAGCUUUCCGAGUUGGAAGGCAAAGAAUACGGUGAAAUUGCUGUUGCUGCUGACAUGUUGAUCCGUGAUGCCAGGGUCCCUUCCUUCGAGAGUCGUGUCGAAGAGCUUCGUGCACAACUUGUUGAUGCUGACUUGACUGAAGUAGCCAUGAGCACCACCUUGUCUGCUGGUGUGGAUCUUUUGACCUACCUGCUCUCUGAUGACGAUGCCAAGGUCCGAGCUGCUGCUGCUGAAACCUAUGUGCGACGUCUCUACCGCGCCCACCGCAUGCAGGAUGUGUCAGUCAGUGAGGAGGGAGGAAGCCUUACCUGCGCAUUCAGCUACAAGCUAUCCGAGGUCCCUGAGGGCGAAGCUGUGCUUCGAAGUGGUGUUUUGACUGUUGUUGACAAGGUUGAUGCUACACUCCCCAGCAUCAUUGACACAUUGUCUUCAGCCAUUGGUGACAAACCUGCUCGGGUUGGAGGAGCAGCCAUCAACUCUGUCCACCUUGUCGUGAAGAGUGAAGGAGCCAAUGUUGCUGAUAUCGAGGCUGCCCUUGCUGGAAAGGAAGAAGAACUUAAGAAGCUUGGUGUCCAAACUGUUAACCUCUCUGUCCCCAAUGAAAAGGCUGACCCAAGCUACUUCACUUUCCCAGAAUACAGUGGAUACAAGGAAGACCCUCUUCGCCGCAACAUGAGGCCUACCAGGUACCAACUGUUGGAGCUUGAACCUCUCAGUAACAACUUUGCUCUUGAGCAGGUGCCUGCUAUUGGAAAGAAUAACCAAGUGUACAUUGGCACAGAAAAGACAGAGAAGCCUGUCAGGGGAGGACCACAACAAGUGGUCUUCGUCCGUGGUAUCUCUCACAGCACUGGCAUGGUUACUGAUAUGGAGGCACUUCGUGCUCUUCAACAAGGGCUUGAUGAGUUGGAACGAGCCCGAGCUGACACAAAGGUUAAGGCCCAGUCAUCUAGCCGAAUCUACCUGCACUCUCUUUCACUUGUGGAGGACAUGAGCGCAGAAGAGCUGGCAGCCCGUUUCAAGAGUGUUAUCGGUGGCAUGAAGAGCAAGCUUGCCCAAAGGCUCUUGAAGCUCAAUGUUGACGAAAUUGAAUGCAAGUUCCGCGUUGCCUCUGCUGAUGGUUUGACACAGAUCGUCCGUCUUGUGGUAUCGUCUGCCGAUGGAGAAUGGUUGAAGCCCACUGCAUACCUGGAGAAGACUGAUGGAGUCACUGGUCUUGCCACUGAAUACUCGGCUGUUGGUGCUGAGACUUCUGGUGCUCUCAACCCCUUCGCUAAAUCGAGCAUUCUCCAGACCAAGCGAAGUGUGGCUCGUCGUGUUGGCUCCACCUAUGCCUACGACUUCUUGGGACUCAUGGAAGUUGGCCUUGUCAACGAGUGGGAGGCUUACACCAAUGAGAAUUCCGGCAUUAGCAUCCCUGCUGACAUCUUUGAAGCUCAGGAACUCCUCGAAGGUGAAGACGGCGAGCUCUACCUUGGAUCCAGACCUGUCGGAACCAACAAGGUUGCCAUGGUUGCCUGGGUCGUUAAGAUGAAGACUCCUGAUUACCCUGAAGGACGUGAUGUUGUUGUCAUUGCCAAUGAUGUUACUGUCCAAAGUGGAUCUUUCGGUGUUGAAGAAGAUGAAGUGUUCUUCAAGGCCUCAAAGUAUGCUCGUGAGAACAAGCUGCCACGUGUGUACUUGGCUUGCAAUGCUGGUGCUCGCAUUGGCCUUGUGGAUGAGUUGAAGUCCAAGCUCAAGAUCAAGUUCGCUGACGAAUCCAACCCUGCCAAGGGAUUUGACUACCUCUACCUCUCUGAUGAAGAUUACAAGGCUCUUCCCGAAGGAUCCGUCAUUGCGCACAAGACUGAGGAAGGUUGGGCCCUUGAUGAUGUCAUCGGAACUGUCCAUGGAAUUGGCGUUGAGAACUUGCAGGGAAGUGGAAAGAUUGCUGGUGAAACAUCACGCGCCUAUGAUGAGAUCUUCACUCUUUCCUAUGUCACUGGACGAAGUGUUGGAAUUGGUGCCUACCUUGUCCGUCUUGGGCAACGUGUCAUCCAGAAGAAGGUUGGCCCCAUCCUCCUCACUGGUUAUUCUGCUCUGAACAAGUUGCUUGGUCGUGAGGUCUACAAUUCUCAAGACCAGCUUGGAGGUCCUCAAAUUAUGGUUCCCAAUGGAGUGUCACAUGAGACUGUUGAUGAUGAUCAAGAGGGUGUUGCUGCCAUCUUGAAGUGGCUCAGUUUUGUCCCCAAGGAAGUUGGAGCUCUCCCUUCUGCACGUGCCACUGCAGACCCUGUUGACCGUGCUGUCGCCUGGAGACCUACCCCUACGCCAUAUGAUCCUCGUUUGAUGAUGUCGGGAACCCCUGACAUGCCUGGUUUCUUCGACCAAGGAUCAUUCAAGGAAUAUCUUGCAGGAUGGGGAAAGAGUGUUGUGAUUGGACGUGGUCGCCUUGGAGGAAUCCCCAUGGGAGCCAUCGCUGUGGAGACACGUCUUGUUGACAAGGUUGUCCCUGCCGACCCCGCUGAUCCCAACUCGCGUGAGGCUGUCCUUCCACAAGCUGGACAAGUUCUUUUCCCUGAUUCUUCCUACAAGACUGCUCAAGCCAUCCGCGACUUUGCUAAGGAAGGCCUUCCAGUCAUGAUCUUUGCCAACUGGCGUGGAUUCAGUGGAGGCAGUCGCGAUAUGGCUGGUGAGAUUUUGAAAUUUGGAUCCAUGAUUGUUGAUGCUCUCCGUGAGUAUGAACAUCCUGUGUUCAUGUACUUGCCACCCCACGGUGAACUUCGCGGAGGAUCUUGGGUUGUUGUGGAUCCCACUAUCAAUGAGGAGAAGAUGGAGAUGUAUGCUGAUCCCGACUCUCGUGGAGGUAUUUUGGAACCUGCUGGUAUCACUGAGAUCAAGUUCCGCAUGCCAGACCAGGUCAAGAUGAUGCAUGCCAAUGAUGCCGAAUUGAAGGUGUUGGAUAGUGAGGUUGAGGCCUGUGAGAGCGAGGAGGACAAGGAUGCUAUCAAGGCUCAGAUUGCUGCUCGUGAGGAAGCCUUGAAGCCUGUCUACCUCCAGGCUGCCACUGAAUUUGCUGACCUCCACGACAAGACUGGUCGCAUGAAGGCCAAGGGAGUCAUCAAGUCUGCUGUUGCCUGGGAGGAAUCUCGUGAAUUCUUCUUCUUCCGUGCUAAGCGUCGCCUCUCUGAGGACUACUAUGUUGCUCAGUUGCAAGCCGCUGAUGCUAACAUGAGCAAGGGAGAUGCCACAGGUGUUCUUCAAUCCUUGUUCAGCGGAGAUUGGGAGGAUGACAAGGCUGUUGCUGCUUUCUUCGAGGACGACACUGGUCUUGUGGAAGACAAGGUCAAGAAUGUGAAGGCUGCAGGUGUUCAGGCAAAGAUCGAGUCCCUCAAGGCGCAGUUGGAGAGCUUGGACUUCAUGUAAAUAUCUGCCUUUUGGUACGACACGAACGGAAACGAAAAAGGACGCCGUGUCACUGCAUGCAUGCUACAGAACAAAACAAUUUAGGUAGCGAUCUAUGGUGAUAAGAAUAGAUCCAAAUUAGAGUUAUUGGUUUUUGAUUAUUCCGACUGGCCAGCUAUAGCUAUAGAUAGCUACGGCUAUAGCUAGCUAUAGGUACUACAUGUAGUAGUUGCAGGCCAGCACCGAAGCCGGGGGCGACUCCCAUCUUAGAGGUGCACGGUACAUGUACGGGUUCGAGGACGAACAGGAUAUGGGUCGUUGGAGUCUCAUGCAAUGAGAAAAGUCAGCUAUCUGCUCCGAGAUGAUGCGGAAGCUGCAUUUACAGAGAUACCGGUACAGGAAGACCGAUUGAUUCGAUUCGGAGGACGGUUCCUCGCCUCCGAUGGGCUUGCUUCUGUCGGUGUGGGUGGGAAGGAACACCAUCAUUGCAUGCGAAGGCAACCAUGUGACUUUCCCAUAGGUCGCGCUCUCCUCUUCGAUGUUCCUGAUCUUCCGUCCGCCUAAAUGCUGCUUCAAAGCAAGUUCUGUUUCGUUUGGUUGCUUGCCAGGAGUACUAAUCGUUGCCAAUGUUCUUUCUUUAAAGGCUCGCCCGUGAGCUCUUUGUACGGUUGAUUCAUUGGCCAGCGCAUAGUGCAAGACGGAUGCCCAAAAGCUCAAGGGUAGAGUUUGCAUGCAUACAGUGACAUAAGCAGAAAGGCACUAUACUAGUAGAAGUUAUUUCAAAGUAAGUGCUUUUGCUCUGGCAGGAAUUAGCGAUUGAAUUCCUUGGAGCCACACAAGGACUUAGGCCAUGUGGCUACCUCCCAGGCGAUUGCUUUCCAAGGCCGACUUUUUGGUGUGAUUGACCGCCUUUGCCCGUUCGGCCGCAAACUCCUUUUCAAAGAGUUCCUUCUCUUCCGCUAGACGCUUUGCCUCCUCCAACUUCUUGGGAGUCUCGGUCUUGUUGCUUUCCUUUUCCAAGCGCAUUUCCUCCAACUUGCGUUCACGCUCGGCUUCUCGACGAGCUUUUUCGUUGGCUUUUCGUUCCUUUUGCAUGGCCUUCUCCUUUCUCUUGGCCGCCUUUUUGGCUUCCCGAGCCUUCUGUUCUUCCAAUCGCUGGAGCUGCUUGGGCGAGAGCACUUUUUCUUCAGCGGGAUCGACAUUCUCCGCGUUCAUGCUUUGGACCAAAGUGUUAGCUGCGACCAUGAUGAUGUUGUUUUCGAUAGAUAACGGGGUGGGGUGAGUGGGUAGUCUCGUGUUUUGUUGUGAUCUCAAAAGAAUUUUGUGAAGAUAUUAUGUCUAAAAUCGUGGGAGAUGGGUCUAACCAGUCUAACCCAGGGUCAUCAAGUGUUGGUCUUGAUGGUUGUGUUCCGCACUGGACAAGCUUGAUAUCCUGCUUCCGCCGUGUCAACAGAUACCUUUGUGUCAGCAAGUUCUUGUUCUGAUUGGGUGUAGCUAGCGUGAAAAGAUCGUUGUGGGAGUCGACCUGGCUAAUCGCUGGCGAGAAGAAUUCCCAAACCUAGCAACCGGAAGCACGAUCUUUCGCAUCCAAAGAUCUCUUUUUGGAACAGAACCCUGCAAAUGGUCGUGUCAUGCCAAGAUACUAGUAGGUCCUGGAAUGGAUACGAUUCGCACCCUAGCCCUCGCACACAAGCGACAUACCGGUAGGAAGGACAUAGUCACAUGGUCUACAUCUAGCGGUAGCUAGCUAGCCAGCAUAGCG